ACUGUAACUAUCUGUGGGUAAACGUGUAUGGCGUUUUUGUGGGUCAUAUCAAUCUACAUGUAGGUCAGAGAGAAGCUUAUACACUGCUGGGGCUACCACGAGUUGCGUACGGGGGCGUGAGGACGCCAGAUUGCGGCAUUAGGUCAAUGGUGACUGGCAGGGCGUGCAAUUUGCGUGAUUAUUCAAUUGACAGGGGAGCCGGUGCCGCGAAACUAGCACACAUCCCAUGUCUUCACUCGUCGACGCGACCUCCCCGUGUCAACAUGUUCGUCCUGCUGCUGUUCUGCGCCGAUCUAGCACACACUGGAAAUGGUUUCCCAGAUGUGUCACUCACAGUGUCUCCUGCAGAGGGGCAUGAAUCCAACACACUUCAGUAUGAUCUGGAACUGAACUGGCAGCCUAGUCUGGAUGCAGACUGGAUUUGCCUUUUCAAUGUAUCUUCACUGCAAGAAGUAACACAAGACACAGAGCCUCUCAUUCGCAUCAGUCCUCGUGAUUACCCUGAUGGAUACUACAGUACUAAUAUCAGCUUUGCUGAACAACAGUACCCUAAUGGAUGGAGUAAAGGGUCUGGAGAAAACCCCGUGCCUGGAGAUGCUUGCCUGUCCUAUUGGAUUGCUGCCUACAAAUACAAUGAAUUGCAUCAGGCUGUCUGUCUUAAAAUCCACCCUACUUGGAUGUGGGAUCAUAGAGCUGAGCUGGAGAACAUGCCUCUUAUUGGUUUGUUCUUUCCUGGUACAUACAAUUCAAAUCACUUUAACAGAGGGAGUAUACCCUUGCCAAGGCAAACGGUCAGCCAUUUUCUUCUCACACAAGAUUCUGAUGUCUGGGGGGAAUUAAUUCGUGGUAUUCGGUACCUUGAUGUUGAUAUAGAGUAUUGUCCUAACCAGGGGAAGUCUUCUUCCACCCCUGCAACUACAGAUGAUGACAGAUGUUCGGUGAAUCAUAGCCUGCCUCAUGCAAAUCAUCUGCUGCCUGUGCUUAAGGAUAUUAAAGAAUUCUUGAAGAGGGCGAAGUAUGAAAUAGUCAUACUUGACAUUCACCACUUCCCCAUGGGAUUUGAAAAGAACACAGACCUACACCGUGAAUUUGUUUCAUUGCUGUAUUCUGAGCUUGGUGAUUACAUACUGUCAUUCGACAACAUUACCUACAAUUCUACAUUGGCUGACGUGUGGCACACUGGACGUACUCUUAUUGUGGCAUACAAUGAUUCUGAAACAACGACAGAAUUUGCUUGGCUGUGGGGCCCAAUACCACGGCUUUAUGGAGAUCACCAAACAACAGAAGGGCUCAAGACAUUCCUUUGGCAGUGCAUGGACGAUGCACGUGCCACCAGUGGGACAACUUUGGAAAUGUCUACAACUAGUAAUCUACCAACACCAGCAGUUUCCACAUCGGACAACUCAGAUAGUCUUCAUGAUCUAAUUGACAUGGCCAGUCGUAAUAUCACUAAAUGGUUUCAUAAUUAUUGGUGGAGAUAUUCAAACCUUGUUGCCACUGACUUUUUCCUUGGAAAUAACAUAACUGAUGUUAAUGUUAGAGCUUGCCUGGAUAAAGCGAAUAAUGUAAUAUUUCAAAUAGCAUCAGAAGACUAGUGAUGGUUAUCAUGAUGAUAGUUUACUGCAUGACAUACAAAGUGUAAAUUCAAAACUGCACACACUUGCAACCAAUAAUACUACUACUACUAAUAAUAUUAAUAUUAAUAAUAAGAACUAUGUAAAACAAUAGAAAGAAGAGAGAUACAUUGUAAACUUAAGUUGUAAACAGGAUUCAAGUGCUUUCUAGUCAUAUUUGGUUUGAUUCUCUCGGGUACAUCACCAUCAGUGAACCAAGUCUUUCCAAGUCCAUCCUUAUACAGACGGUUGUGGGGCCUUGGCUGUUCAAUACAGAAUUUUGAUUUGAGCAACCAGUUUUGGUGCUACACCUUCAGACCACCUGACCGACAGUAGGAAGAUUCCCAUAGGGGAUAUCAUUCACUGACCGGUAUCUGUAGAUUUCUACUUGACACAGUGAUCCUUUCAAUCAUCACUUGCCAAAUGUUACCUGACAGGCAGCAAAUGAUGACCAAGGGAUCACUGUGUCAAGUAGAAAUCUAUGGACACCAUUCAUUCAAUGCUGGCCCCUAUUUUGACUACACCCGAGGUGAGAAUCUUCCUACAUGUUGGUCAGGUGCCUGAAGAUGGCAUAAUGUAGUGCUAAAAUUGAUUGCUCAUAUAAAAUAACAAUUGACAAUUUGGACGGUUGAAAGGUGUUUUGAUUCAACAUUGUAUACCAGUAAACUAAAGUCAAAUGAACUUAUGUGACAUAUUUACUGAACAUGGCAGCAAAGAAAGGUAUUUAAAUUUGUUUGCAUUGACUGUAGUAUUUCAUAUAAUGUAGAAGCAAUAACUUCUUGGCAGGCAUUGGCAAUGCAUUGUAAAGCAUGAUCCAAGGCUCAAAACAGACAUGUAAUGAGAAGGAUGCUCCAUGAUUGCUGCCAAAUAAAGGCUACAAUUUCAAUACACAAAACUCUCAUUAGCUUACCUUGACACACAUGUGAAGCUUACAGCCAUAAAACUCCAUCAAAGUUAUAUUUGCUCACAAAUACACAAAGAUGUGUAAUAUAUAGAUUUAUGAUUACACACAUGCAUUGCUGUUAUUUGGUUUUGAUACCCUUCAUGUGGCUUUCCUCAUUUCGUACAAGUUCAUUUCCGCACAUGCUGUACUAAAGACAGUGAAGCAUUGCUUGGUAUGCCAUGCUUGUUCAUUGUGCUUAGACUUUUGGAUGGUUUCACACUCUUGUUCAGAAAGUUGCCAAGAUGUUCAAAAUUUUGCAGUGAAGUGAACAGAAGCAGUACUACACCUAGCAAUCCUAUGCUUCUACAACUAGAUACAUGUACAUGAUAAAUAACACCAUUUUAGAAGAGUAAGUAAAGUGGCUUUGUGUAUACAUUUGUCUCCUAUAUGCAAGCAAUGUUUUGUCAAAUUUUGAAAUGUAUAACUAUUACCAUUCAAAGAAGUGGUAAUUACAUUUUGUUUUUAGCAUAAUUAAUUUUUUAAAUUAUAAUAAUCAGUGAUUUCUGGUUCAUCCAUCAGAAAACUUCUGUCCUUUUUAAAAUAUAUAACAACUAUGUGUCA